AUAAAAAACAAGCCUCUAUAAAUCCUGUGGGAUACUUUCAUCUAAAUCAGAUUGCAAACCAUAUUUUCAAAGUGAUCUUUCCCACUGACUAUAUUUCCGGAUAUAAAGAUGCUUCUCAGAUCUAUUGCUGACUUGCUGCUGGCUGCUGUUCUGCUGAACCUGCCUUUGGCUUUAUCCAAACAACUUUAUACAACAAGUUACGGUGGGACUUGCACGAGCCCCUGUGCACGAGAAAACACAGAAUACUAUUGGUGCAAACAGAAAGGUGGUAACAAUAAAUGGUGGGAUUACUGCUCCCCUGAGGAAGGUUAUGAUACCAACUACAGGCAGUGUUUAUCACCUUGUCAGAGGGUCCAAGGUUCUGACCAUGAACAGUGUUUUACAGAUAAUGGUUGGAGUAAAUGUGGACGUGUAGUUGAAGCAUUUGAGCGUUACUAUACCUCAGAUGGUGUAAUUUGUGCAAGUGAGUGUAUUUUACAAGAUGAAUACUUUAUAUGUACAGACUCAAAUGAAAAAGAAGGGAAAUGUUCAAUUCUAAAUGAUCUAACUGCAAAAGGAGUGCCGUGCCGAGCAGAUCACCCAUGUGAUUCCCGCAGUUAUGAUUACACCUGGUGCUACACAGAUACCAGUGAUAAUUGGGAUUACUGUGGGAAAGUCAUUGACGACUGUGAUCUUAAACGGUAUAAACGUGCUAAUGGGGAUGAAGAGGUCUGUAGAGUAAGAGAUGUAGGAAAUAGACUUGAGUUGGUACUAACAUCUGUCCGACUGCCUAAUAAUGAUUUACGCCAACCAUCACGAGCACAAUUUACAGAAGCCUCCCAUCUCAUCAACACAGUCAACGCUGAGUUUUGUUUUCCCAAUAAUGCCCGUACUGUUGCCUCCUCCGAGAAUAUUAGAAUGGAUAUGCAAGGAACACAUGAGCAUGAUGGACUUAGGUUUCUGAAUGUACAACUUCAACUAAAUCAGCCAAGGGGAGGAACCUCAUCAACACAUUCCACAACCAUCGCUCAAAUCCUUUUCCCACUUGAUCUAGACACUGCUGUCUUUUCCAGAUACAUAAGAAGAGCCCUGCAAACCAGCAUGCGUAGCGCUUACCAUAAAGCUCCUGUAAAGAUUAUCAUAACCAUGAACCAUUUUGUGCGUUGACCUUUCAUGAGAUCUCUUGAGUAACUAUAUACACAUUCAUAAGGCAGAAUGCUUGGAUUCUGUAUCUUUACUAUCAUCCUAUCAUUCUCUAUCCUAUCAUCUCUCCAGAAAAUUAAACCAAUAAAAUCUAAUAACAAUGUGA